CGCCGCUCACCAACCUGCUUUUCAUCUAAACCCGCGCACUCCACUGUAUCUAGUCUGCUACUACUGCUAUCUAACUGCAGAGGGAGAAGAGAAAGAGAGCAAGAUGUCGCUGUUCAGGAAAGCGAUGAGGCCGUUGCUGUUGCCGGCGGGCAAGGCCGAGCCGAUUGAGGUUGCUGAGUUUGCAAAGACGGUGCUGAGGCUGUUUAAGUCCAAGAUUCCGCGUGUUUUCGGACUGGCGGUAUCCGGCGGAGUAGACUCGAUGGCGUUAGCCUACCUCAUGCACGAAUUCGCAAAACUACACGGCAGCCGUCUCGUCGCCUUCACGGUCGACCACGGCCUGCGCCCCGAGUCCGCAGACGAAGCUGCGCAGGUAUCUAAAGUCCUGCGAGACACGAUCGGGAUCACAGACCACCGCGUGCUCAAGAUCGACUGGCGAUCACACAACGCGAGGUUUGAUGCCCUCGGCGCGCACAGCGGGAUCGUCGAGCGCGCGGCGAGGGUGGAGAGGUAUCGUGUGUUGGUUGAGGAUAUGGUGAAGAGAGAGGUUAAGCAUCUGUUGAUUGCGCAUACGUGGGAUGAUCAGGUCGAGACCGCGAUCUUGAAUUUGGUUAGGAGACGUACCGGGUCGGGUUUAGGCGGGAUGAAAGAACUCGCUCCUCUCCCGUCCUGCGCGGAAACGUUCGGCGGCGCGGAUUUGCAGCUGGUCAGGCCGCUGCUGGGCUGGCGGAAAGCAAGCCUGAUGGCGACGUGCAACCACGCCAACGUGCGCUGGUUCGAAGACGCGACGAACCACGACCCGACAUACACCAUCCGCAACGCCAUCCGACUGCUCAUCUCGCAGCCAGACAGACUUCCCUACGCGCUGCAGCCGCAGUCGCUCGCGUGGACGAUCGCGGAUCAGAAUUCAGAGCGGACGAGGCUGGAUGAUGCGGCGAGGUCGUUGCUCGAGGCCGAGAUCCGGCGCGGGCAUCUCGAGUUUGAUCCGACGACGAUGGCGGUCAGGUGGACGUACGUGCCCACUUUUACCGCGACGUCCGCGUUCCCGAGCGUGAUUGACGAUCCGGAUUGGUCUACCAGAUCCCUGCAGGACUCGUACUUAUACCCGCUCAUCUUCCGCGGCGUGGACGUGCGCGUCAUCAGACGGUUCGUCCUCAUGCUGACCGAGAUGGUCGCCCCGCAGGAAAACUCGGACGUGCCGCGCUGGAAGACGGCGAGUUUCACGCGGUCGCUGUUUGAGUUUGUGCCCGGCAGAGCGAGCGGCACGACCGCGGCCGAGAAAAUGUUUCUGAUGAGCGUGCAGUGGCAGCGGCGGGUGAAGCUUACUACUACGCGACGAAAGCAGUGGUUGAGGCAGCAGCAGCGGGAGAAGCGAGAGAAGCGCAGACAGGAGAUUAAGGAGGCUCACGAGGGGGUUUUGAAACUUGAGGCGGCGGAUGAACCUAACAUGGACAUUGAAGAGUUGUCGGCAGCGAUCGAUAGUGCGUACGAUAUCUUUGAUUUGCACAAUACGGCGACGGCGCCGAGUAAGUCGUUGCCGGGGAAUACAAAGUAUAAAGUUAAUUUUAGCUUGGAUGGAAGUGAGUAUCCUUCGUUCUUGCCGAGUAUCGUGGAGGAGGAGAGGAAGGAGCAUGAACGGCUGGAGAAGGCGAAGGAGGAAGCAGCAGCGGAAGCAGCAGCAGGGAAAGCAGCAAAAGAAGCAGCGCGGACGCGAGAGAGAUCACCACCCAAAGAGGAAGAGGAAGAAACAGAAAAACCAAGACCAGCACCAGCACCAAGAAAAUCAAAGCUAGAAGGAGUGGUAACCUGGACCCUGACGCGGCAACCAUUCCCCAGCUUUGCGAUGCCAACUCGCGUGCUGCGGAUCCCGUCCGAGAUCGAAGGCGAGCGGUAUCCGUGGUCUGAAUGGGUGCUGUGGGAUAACCGGAUCUGGAUGCGCGCGCGGAUCAAUCUCACGGGGGGCAGUUUCGGGGAGUAUUAUCCGAUGUACAAUAACGAGGCGGAGGAGAGGGUGAAGGCGCAGAUGGCGGCGGCGCGGGAGAAAGUGAUUGAUGAGGCGGAGGUUUUCGAGCGGAUUGAUAUCGACGAGCAGUUACAUAUCAACAACGGCGUGGAGCUGACGCAGUUUUCACCACAACCGAAAACAUCAGAAUCGGAAAACGAGAAAAAGAAGCAAAAGACGAUCAAUCUGCUGAUCCGACCGAUGACUGAAGACGACAUCAACCAAAUCGGCAAGAUGGGCGGCAAAACAAACCUCGCAUACGUCGACAAACGCGCAGCAUGCGUCCGCCCGCUGCAUGCGCGCGGCAGCGACCUGUCGGGCGUGGACGCGGUGACAACCUUACCUGUCCUUCACGACCCGGAACUCGCGCGGAUGGUGAUGAUCCCCACGAUCGGGUUCCGGGCGGGGGAGUAUACGGCCGGGGGGGAGUUGGUGGAGGGAACGAGUUAUCAUGUGCAGUAUUCGAUGAAGGAUCCGUUGGCGCAUUUGGCGAGGCAGGAGUAUCCGGAGAGGGAGGAGAAGAGGUGGUUGGAGAAUUUGUCGUGAUGUAUGACUGAUGUAUAUAUCAAGAAUGUACAUAACAAAUGAAAUGCAAGCUAAGUCGCUAUGAACUAUGAGCUAAGCUACGCCCGAGACUUAAAGAGCAGUGGAGAGUUGCCGUGACUAGAAAUACUUGAUUAUAUAUAUCAAUGUACAUAACCAAGACGAUUUUGAAAUGAAGA